AUGCAGAAAACGUCCCUAAACUCAACGUGCACGCCAAAGAGGUUGUGCUUGCAUCUGUUGGAAAGCGUCGAAUACUGGGAGCUGCUCGCCGAGGGAUGUAUAGUGACCGCAGACGUCUGCAUUGAGCAACAGAGGAAUCUAAAGGCGAAUCUCGAAAAUGCACGCUCGAAGCAGCACGAAGUCUACUUCCGGCACGACAACGUUCAUCCGCACAUUGCAAGAAAGACCAAGGCUGAACUGAUGAAGUUCGGCUGGACCAUUUUACCACACCCACCGUAUUUCCCAGACCUGGCUCCCUCGGGAUACCACCUUUACCUUUUUUCCUAUCUUCAAAGUAAUCUGGAUGGCCAAUACUUCCAAUCCCGCGGCGACAUCAAAAGGGCACUAGAACAUUUCUCCAGUUCCCAGCGUUCUCGACUAGAGGUGAAAGAAAGUUGUCCGCUUCUGUUGGGAACCGAUGUUGAGGCGGGACGAGACGGACGACUCGUCCCGACACUACACUGCAGACGGAUGUCACCUAGUCGCCCUUUCGCUUGGAACACAAAUCUCAUCAAAUUUUCUUUAAAGGAUCUCGUUAAGAAAUUUGACCCAGGCGUCAGCACUCCUCCUGUACUGGUUCUGAUGUGGAGAGGACAGAAGUCAGAGAAGAAUCAUCUUUCCAUUUCUGUGAAAAGGGAUGCUCCUAGCAUGGUCAUAUUUUCCUCCCAUGCGAAACAUCCUGGUUUUCGAAGCAAUCAAAGCAGGAAACACGGUGGUGCUACGGAAGUGAACACCGAGUUUAGCGUUUUCGGUUGUAUUCAUUGCAUCCUGCAGUUACCUAGAUAUGCAUUGCUGGAGCAUUCGGGUGUAUUACUUCCGCUGGCCGAGAGUGGUAUAACAAAGACUUAUGGUUUCCUCAUCAGUAUCGUCUCGUCUAGGACCCUGGCCGAUCACAAAGCAUGGGAUAUCUUCAGGCUGCUGCCUCCGAAACCGGACAAAAUCGGUCACGGAUUCUGGCACGACGCCAGCUUACAAGUGCUCAAACUAUGUACAUUUGUUGUGUUAUUCGUGCUCACGCUUAGCUCAGCUGUUGUUGCAAAGAGUUCAUUUCUGCUAAUGACGUCAGCAAUCGGGUGGGGUGGUCAAAAUAUGACGAUAUGUAGAGAUAAGAUUCCAGAAUCGCAGCUGAACACUGUUUACAUUACAAAUCGAUUGGUGGUCAAAUGGGUAUGGGCUACAUUCUUGGCGCUUUCUGCUCCGGAAGCUCUAUGUUUCGUUCGUUCAUUGCAUAGAACGUUCUUUAAAAAUGUGAAACGACCAACUCUUAUGCAAUUUGUUGUGGUGCUUUUCAUUGAAACGCUGCACGCAAUUGGUGUAGGAAUCCUCGUGUUUCGGAUAUUCCCCGAUUUGGAUGCCGUAACAGCCACCCAAUUGACGAAUGCGAUGUGUUUUAUUCCGGCGAUUCUGUCGCUUUUAAGUCGUCGUCCAAGUCGUGUCGCUUUUCUUUUAGUGAUAGUCGAUAUUAUGGCAAUUGCAGCGCAAAGCUCUGGAUUUUGGGCAUUCCCGAUGUUCAUUCCAAGCCUGGAAAAACAUUCCGUAGCGAUUCCAUGGUGUCUGCUCCUCAUUUCCUUGGCUUGGUGGCAGAAUUUCGUCCACGACGAUUCCGUUUUUCCACCUGUUCGAGCACUGGCAAGGUUCGCAUCGAGACUUUCAGAGCGAAGAUCGAAGACGUACGCAAUCGUUUCGCUUUGGAAAAUAUGCAUCUAUUUCUUGUGUAUGAUCGCGUUCAUGACAUCGAGAAUGAAACUAGACGAUCUUCUACAGCGCGAUCCUUUUGGUGAAAAACUGAUCACCAUCACCGGUCACAAUCUGAAUCAGACACAGAUUGACAAAUUCCUCGCUAGAAUGAGCAAAUACGGAGGCGCCGAUUAUGAUGAAAUAAUAUCACCUACGACGAAAAAGCCGUUGAUAGUUACAGAGGGGCCUCAAGUGGUCGAUACGGGCGACUAUCGUGGAGCUCGGGUGAGGCGACAACCACCGCUCGAUGACGACGACGAACUACCAUCGGCAUUCAAUAUAUACGACACAUAUGUGGAGCUGAAUCAGUUCACUUCUCCUUACGAUGCUCUCUGGAUCGUCCUGGUACAGGUCUCGGCCGUCUUUCUAUGCUAUCAUAGCAGCAAAUUUGCGUGCAAAGUAAUGAUGCAGCGGCUUGGAUUCGCGUUACCCAUGGCUUUGGCUGUUCCGGCUACGGUACUCGUGCUAUCCACUACAUGCACGUUCCGGUCGGCGGACUCUUGUCACAUGACAAAUGCUCUUACAAAGGAACUGUUCUGGAAAUGUUUUUCAUCGUAUUCGUCUUUCAAAGUUUUUAUUUCUUCCCCGCAAACUUGGAUUUGGUUGAGCUGGUUUAUUAGCCAAUGUUGGAUCACCGUUCACCUAUGGAAACCAGAACACGAAAGACUAGCUAGAAGUGAAAAACUUUUCAUCUUACCGUAUUAUGUUGGAGCUUUCGUCGACCAGUCACUCGCUUUCAAUCGCAGGAGAGAUGACAAAGCAAAAAUUAGACCUGAGGAUUUGGAAUUUGACCAGGAGGAGAACUCUCUCACAUACGAGACCAUCCCUGGCAUGGUUCCAGGAAGUAAACCACCUCCUUCCGUAUGUAGUUUAACUAGUAGCAAAUUGGAAAACGGCCUUAUCAGGGAUGCAGCAAGCAGUGCAGAUGCGAUAACGAAAAUUUACGCAUGUGCGACCAUGUGGCAUGAGACACCACAUGAGAUGACGUGCAUGCUGAAGAGCAUCUUUCGAAUGGACGAAGACCAGUGCGCUCGCCGAAAUGCGCAGAAAUAUCUCAAGGUCAUUGAUCCCGACUACUACGAGUUCGAGGCACACAUAUUCUUUGAUGAUGCAUUCGACGUGGAUGAGUUCGGCGAUCCUAUCAUCAACAAAUUCGUCCGUCAGUUGAUUGACGUCGUCGACCAGGCAGCAAGCGCAGUUCAUCAAACGCAGAUGAGGCUUAAGCCGCCGAAGAAGGUAAAAACCCCUUACGGCGGUCGACUACAGUAUAUUCUCCCCGGUAAGAACAAAUUGACCGUGCAUUUGAAAGACAAGAACAAGAUUCGACACAGGAAGCGGUGGAGUCAGGUCAUGUAUCUUUACUAUCUUCUUGGAUACAGACUAAUGAUGAAGGUCGACGAGCAGACUCGAAAGGAAGUGAUCUCCGAGAACACCUUCAUUCUGACGCUCGACGGUGACGUCGACUUCACUCCUCAAUGUGUGCAUUUACUCGUAGAUCUUAUGAAGAAGAACAGGAGACUGGGGGCUGCUUGUGGUCGCAUCCAUCCUAGAGGUUCUGGACUGAUGGUGUGGUAUCAGAAAUUCGAAUACGCUGUUGGACAUUGGCUUCAGAAAGCUACAGAACACAUGAUCGGAUGUGUGAUGUGCUCACCUGGAUGUUUCUCGCUGUUCCGAAGCUACGCUCUUAUGGACGACAAUGUUGCUCGCAAGUACGCUUCUAAGUCUGAGGAGCCUCUCGACUACAUUCAAUACGAUCAAGGCGAGGACAGAUGGCUUUGCACACUCCUCUUACAGAGGGGAUACAGGGUAGAGUACUGCGCUGCGUCCGAUGCACUAACGUUUGCUCCUGAAGGAUUCAACGAGUUUUUCAAUCAAAGAAGGCGCUGGAUUCCGUCAACAAUUGCGAACAUCAUCGAUCUCCUUAAGGACUACAAAAAUGUUGUUCGAGUGAACGAGAGCAUUUCGAUUUGGUACAUUAUAUACCAAAUGGUGAUGUUAAUAUCUUCAAUACUCGGACCGGGAACGAUUUUUCUUAUGGUCGUCGGUGCCAUCUCGAUCUCGUUCAAUAUUGAUACGAAUUGGAGUCUGUUAAUUGUUUCUGUGCCUGUCGUCACAUUUUGCGUUGUGUGUCUCGUGGCGAAGCCUGAAAAACAGUUGCUUUUCGCCCAAAUUAUUAGUGCUCUGUUCGCAAUGUUGAUGACAGCUGUGUUCGUCGGUACGUCUCUACAGAUUCAAAAGGACGGUAUCCUCUCUCCGCACUCAAUUUUCCUCUUUUCGGUCAUGGGAAGUUUUGUAACCGCUGCCAUUCUACAUCCGUUGGAGUUCACGUGCAUCAUCCCUAGUAUUUUGUACUUCCUAGCUAUUCCUUCCAUGUACAUGCUGUUACCGAUCUAUUCUAUUUGUAACCUGAACACUGUCUCUUGGGGAACACGCGAAGACCCGAGGCCGCAGGAGAAGAAUGACCUUGCGAAGAAGAAGAGCCAUCAUCACAUGGAUUUAGUGGAGAAAGGGCGUGAAGGAGAGGUUGACGGUGACUGGUCUCUUGGUUGUGGAAGCGCAUGUCGCCUGCUGUGUUGCCUCAAACCUGAUAAAAUGGAAUCAUCUCCACAGGUCUGGCGUAUUAACGAAAAACUGACCGAAAUUAGCAAGAAGCUUGAACGCAUCGAGAGAAAGCAGCAACCAGGAUUGACACGCAGGGCGUCAAUUAUUUCAACUGGUGGUGCAGCCGACAAACAUUCAGAAGUUGAUGAAGAAGAACAGAUGCAGUCGGAUGAUGCAUCUGCCAAUCAAAUAGCCCACACAAGGUUGACAAGACCAAGAUUUUCGUGGUUGGAUGACAAGGCCCUGCGAAGGGCCGAGAUUGAGAAUAUUGAUCCAGAAGAGGAGCAUUUCUGGCUGGAUGUCAUCGAUAAAUACCUCUCACCGCUAACUCUCGAUCCUAAGGAACAGGAACGAGUUCGAGCUGCUCUCGUCGAGCUCAGAAAUAAGGUGGUAUCCACGUUCUUUAUGGUCAACGUCGUCUUUAUUAUCAUCAUACUUGUGUUACAACUGCAAAAAGACUGUCUGCAUAUCGAAUGGCCCAUUGGGCCCAAAUACAACCACACGGUGCGUCCGUGCCAUGGAGACAGCAAGGAGGAAAUUUGGGUGGUGACGCGACUGCAGUUGGAGCCUCUUGGAUUGGUUUUUCUUAUAUUCUUCAUGAGUAUUCUGAUCAUUCAGUUCUUCGCGAUGUUAUGCCAUCGAUUUGGUACCUUGGCCCACAUAAUCGCUUCCACCGAAUUGUUCUGCUUCCGAAAAACAAUCGGUAAACUGAGCGAAGAUGAACUGGUGGUACAGAAUGCGGUCGAGAUAGCUAGGGAACUGCAAGCGAUCCGCGGUGUCGAUGAAUCAAGAGAUCACGAACAGAUGGGGGAGCAGAUCGGUAGGAGGCGUGUCGUACAAAAUCUUGAGUCCUCUCGCAUUUCUUUAAUGAAACGAAAAACUGAAACUCUUGAUGCAGCUUUCAAAAAGAGAUUCUUCGCGCUCUCCAGCGAAGUCCAGGAACCUGAAUUCUCUUCAAGAGAUAGCAGAAAACGACUUACCCUUACUAAGGGGACCAUCCGUGCUCUGGAAAACAGAAGGGACUCUCUUUUCGGCACUAUCGAGAAGAAGGAUCAGGCUCCCUUCGAUUUCGACGGCGGUUCUGCGAAUGCGAGCAAUAGAGGACCAGCGCAGCGCAGGCUAGAAAGACUGUUCAAUAAUCCGGCGGAGAUUCAUCCCAGCGAUGGCGGCGGACAACGAAGAUCUGUGCAACAAAUAUGGGACAAACCAGAAAUGGACGGACGACGGUUUUAA